AUGUCCCGUCUGCUGCCUGCAGCGGAGUGCAUGAACUGCACUGGCUAUGAUGGCAUCAAUGAGAGGCUGAGUGUCAUUGAAGCUCAGGCCCCACCCCUCACCCAUCACACCCGAUGCCAUUGGCCGACCAGGACCAAGAGGUCAACCAGGGCCAAUGGGCCCCCCUGGGCUUCCUGGACCUUUAGGAAUGACAGGAUUUGGAGGAAACCUGGACCUGUGGGACCCACAGGGUCACAGGGGCCACAAGGCCUCCCAGGAGAGAGAGGCCUUCCUGGGCCACCUGGGCCUCCAGGUCCCACUGCAUCUUCUCCCUUCUCCAUCAGGAGAGAUGUUUUCACAUUAACAGCGAGACAGCAUGUUCAGUAUGACGAUGGUGACUUCCCUGCCUAUCGUGAUCAGACGUUUCAUGGUCCCCCUGGGCCCUCGGGCCCACCUGGCCUGCCAGGGCCCGCUGGACCACCUGGAAGCCCAGGUGCCCCUGGAAAAAAUGCUGCUUUAAGCCUGUUAGGUAAGCCAGGUGACAGAGGCCCCAAAGGAGAUCCAGGAGAAAAAGGUCCACCUGGACUCACAGGAAAACAAGGACAGCCUGGUUUUCCAGGUCCAAAGGGUGAGCCAGGAGAGACUCAAGCAGAGGUGCAGCAGUUAAGAGAGGCUCUGAGAAUUCUGGCGGAGAGGCUUCUUAUUCUAGAACAUAUGAUUGGGAUUCAUGAUACUCUGAUGGAGUCUGGUUCUGGAAUAGAUCUCCUGGCAGAUUUCAUGGUGACGGGCAAAGCUAAAAGUGUUGGACGUGGUUGACUGUCAUCUCCUCUUACCUAAGACUGAGAGAAGCUGGACUCUGUUGGGUGUGAAAAGAGAAUAACACACUUGUGACCACUACAGGUGCAACACCUUUAUCUCCUGUCUGUUGUUUUGAAGGACAUAUCCCUCGAUAUACAGUAUUUGUGAUGGUUACAGGAUUAAGAGAUUUUCAAAUGCCAUUCAUUGGAUUUGUGUUUAAAUGUUGUCAUUCUGGGUUUGUUUUAGAGUGGCAAUGAUCUUUUUAAUUCCCUAAUUUGUAUGUACUUCUGUUUGAAUGCUUAUUGGUAAUCAACUUUUAAAAAAAAAUUCCAGUCACUGUCUUUACUUGUCCUGAAUGGUUAUAGUUCACCUAAAAAUAAGAGGGAACAUUCUGAAGAAUGUUAACGAUGCUCUUUAUUCCAUACAGUUAAAGUGAAUGGUGACUGAGUCCUAACAUGUUCUUUUGUUCAAUGGAAGAAUGAAAGACACAUGGAUUUGGAACAACAUGAGAGCAAGUAAAUGAUUAUAGAAUUUUCUUUUUUGGGUGAACUAUCCCUUUAAGUGCCUAUGCAGUUUACAUUUUUUUAUAUUAUUAUUAUUAUUAUUAUUAUUAUUAUAGUAAAAACAAGGGUUUCGUAAAGGCAGCGUUAGCCAUUAGCAUUCUUAACACUUUUCUUCAAAAUUAGCUUUAUGAGUUUGUUGUGUAUCGAGGAUAAUGAUUUUAUAACACAGUCAUUUAAGUAGCAAGUAUUGUCAUAGAGACAGCAGUACUCCAAACAUUCUCCAAACACUCUCAUAAAACAGCAAACAUUCUUGUCAUUUCCUUUCUGUGGUCUGAUUGAUGACCUACGAUGACCUCAUGCACGUAAUUAUCGGCAGUCUCAGCUGUGGCUUUGUAUAAACACAAUCCACGGCUCAAAGCUCACAGUACAUAAAAGCAGAUGAGAAUGGAUCUUUAAAACCAAAUUUGGCCCUUUGUCUGCUUUGAAAGUGCAACGUCCAACACAUUAAAAUAUGUUUACACCUUUGCUCACCUGUUCUUAUACAUAACGGCUAUCACUGACUCGUUGAAAGCCCAAAAUGGCAGAAUGCACCAAUGGCUGCUAUUAAUAGGGCCGAAGUGAAUAGACUGUGAGACACAAAAGGCCCUGUUGACCUUGUUCACAUUGCACUGUUCAACACGCCAGUGUGGCCUUAAGCUUAUUGUUGCAGUUGAGCUUUUGUAAUCCUCUCGGGAGGGAACUAAAUCUUUCAGAAUCUCUGGUUUUUCUUUGUUGUUUUAUUAAGAAAGAAAAAGUUAAGUGUCCAGAGUGUCUUGUCAAACGUUUCCAUGGUAAUAUGUUGUGUUAUUAAGACACAAAUCCUGACUGUUGUAUUGUGCUUUGACUCUUUGAUUCAUUUUUUACAUAAAAUUCUGUAGGGGAAAAUAAUCACCUUAUUUCUGCCUAUAUAAUCACA